AUGGACACACCUCCCUCACCACCACCACCACCCUCGAAACCGCAACCGCCAACACAAUCCAGCCACCGGACCGCCGAAUCCAUCCCUCUCAACUCGCCCCUCCGAACCCACCCCAAACGAGGCCUCCCUCCCACAUUCGCCUCCACCUACCCCCACGGCCACAUCUCCGGCCACCCCCGCACCGCUGAGCAACAAGCCGCCUUCGACGCCCGCAAAGCGGAGAUCCUGCGGACGAUGGGCAGGCAGGAUAUCGAAAAGGCAUACGAGGAUGUGGUGUGCAGGAUCCGGGAGGAGCUGGAGGAGAGCGAGAGGCGGGGCGGGGAGGUGGAGAGUGAGAUGGAGAAGUUGAGGAUGGAGAGGGAGAUGGAGCGGCGGGUUUGGGGGAAGUUGAGGGGGAUGAAGGAGAGUGGGGGUUGA